ACGGCAAAAAGCAGCGAAUAGCAAGUGGUAUUUAAAUCCAACGGCGAGAAACCGCUCAUUUCUGAUCUCGAACUUCAAUAUCCACGGUCCACACAUUCUCAUAUAAACCAACGCAUGCAACCUACUAUGUACUCGCUCUAUCUCACUCUGUAGAUUUGCAGAGAACCCGAUUUAUCAUAACCCAAGAACCCUGAUUUAAUCUCUUUUGUUUGUCUUCACCAGUCGAUUUUCAGAUAAAACUUUUUCGGUUUGGUUCGAUUUGAUAGAGAAAGAAAGAGAGAUGGGAAGCUCAGGUGAAUUUACAUGGAAAUUGGCGGAUCAUCCAAAGUUACCAAAAGGAAAGACAAUAGCAAUGGUUGUUUUGGAUGGUUGGGGUGAGGCUAAACCUGAUCAGUAUAAUUGUAUCCACGUUGCCGAGACUCCCACCAUGGAUUCCUUCAAAAAGACUGCACCUGAGAGAUGGAGGCUGAUUAAAGCUCAUGGAACAGCGGUGGGACUUCCAACUGAAGAUGAUAUGGGCAACAGUGAAGUUGGUCACAACGCGCUCGGUGCUGGACGCAUUUAUGCUCAAGGUGCAAAGCUUGUUGAUCUUGCUCUUGCCUCUGGAAAAAUCUAUGAAGGAGAGGGAUUUAAGUAUGUAAAGGAAUGUUUUGACAAAGGCACUUUGCAUCUCAUUGGGUUACUGAGUGACGGUGGAGUUCAUUCCAGGCUGGAUCAAUUGCAGUUGUUGCUAAAAGGUGCUGCUGAACAUGGUGCUAAAAGAAUCCGAGUUCAUGUUCUUACUGAUGGACGUGAUGUUAUAGAUGGUACAAGUGUUGGCUUUGCUGAAACUCUUGAGAAAGACCUGGAAAAUUUGCGAGAGAAAGGUGUUGAUGCACAGGUUGCAUCUGGUGGGGGUCGCAUGUAUGUUACAAUGGAUCGUUAUGAGAAUGACUGGAAUGUUGUGAAAAGAGGAUGGGACGCUCAGGUUCUUGGUGAAGCCCCAUACAAGUUUAAGAGUGCUGUUGAAGCCAUCAAGAAACUAAGGGAAGAGCCCAAAGCCAAUGACCAGUACUUACCCCCUUUUGUCAUUGUUGAUGAGAACGGGAAGCCCGUAGGCCCAAUUGUGGAUGGCGAUGCUGUUGUCACGAUCAAUUUUCGUGCAGAUCGUAUGGUUAUGCUUGCUAAGGCGCUUGAAUACGAAAAUUUUGACACAUUUGAUAGAGUUCGAUUCCCUAAGAUCCAUUAUGCUGGAAUGCUUCAGUAUGAUGGCGAGCUCAAGCUUCCAAGCCAUUACCUCGUAUCUCCUCCAGAGAUAGAAAGAACAUCUGGUGAAUAUUUAGUGCAUAAUGGUGUUCAUACGUUUGCUUGCAGUGAGACUGUCAAAUUUGGUCACGUCACUUUCUUUUGGAACGGAAAUCGCUCUGGUUAUUUCAACCCAGAAAUGGAGGAAUAUGUCGAAAUACCUAGUGAUGUGGGAAUUACAUUCAAUGUCCAGCCAAAGAUGAAGGCAAUAGAGAUUGCAGAGAAGGCAAGGGAUGCUAUCCUCAGUGGCAAAUUCCAGCAGGUUCGUGUUAACAUACCAAAUGGUGACAUGGUUGGACAUACAGGAGAUGUUGAAGCCACAGUUGUGGCUUGCAAGGCUGCUGACGAAGCUGUGAAGAUGAUCAUUGAUGCUAUAGAGCAAGUCGGUGGAAUAUAUGUUGUUACUGCAGAUCACGGCAAUGCAGAAGACAUGGUAAAGAGGGACAAGUCUGGGAAACCUAUGGCUGAUAAGAGUGGCAAGAUUCAGAUUCUCACAUCUCACACUCUGCAGCCUGUGCCUAUUGCCAUAGGAGGUCCUGGAUUGACACCUGGAGUGAGGUUCCGCAGCGAUAUUCCUACUGGCGGACUUGCCAAUGUGGCUGCAACUGUGAUGAAUCUUCAUGGAUUUGAGGCUCCUAGUGAUUAUGAGCCUACACUCAUUGAGGCUGUUGAUAACUAGGAUUGACAGGAGGGAGAAACCCAAAAAAGUUAUAAAAAAGUUUAGGUUUGCAUAAAUUUUGAUUAGAAACUGUGCAAUGCGGAAGCCAGUGAUACACAGCAAGUUAUCUUGUUAAAUAAGUUAUUUUAAUCAUCCUCGGCCGGGUUUUUUUCUUUUUAAUCCUAUCAUGGAUCUGGAUAUCCAUCUGUUUAUGAUCGAAAGUUUACUGGAAAACUGUAUUUUAAAUGUACUUUUGCUAUUUAUCUGAAUUGGCCCUUUUGAAUCA